GGCAAGGAGAGAGAGCAUGCAGAGAGAACCGGCGAGCUGACGGGUUGGCCUCCAGCUUUGCGUAUGUUGUGGGCUGGCCUCCGCCGACUGCCUCGCAGAGUGCUCCCGCACCACUUCAACCUUGCCCCAGCGCUGCUGCUCUCCAGCCGUACCGGCAUGUCCCUCAGUGCGGCCGGGGAGCAGUGGAGCUCCCCCGGCAGUAGGGAGAAACCGAUCCUGAGACACCUAAAGACAAGGGAGAAGAGGAAACAUGGAGCCACCCACGGGCCCUCCACUGUCUACCUGCAAGUUGUGGGCUCUGGGAGUAGGGAGGCUGCAGCCGCUGUCUAUGUCUUCUCUGAAUACAACAGGUAUCUCUUUAACUGUGGAGAGGGGACUCAGCGACUGAUGCAGGAGCACAAGCUAAAGAUUUCUCGCCUUGACAAUAUUUUUGUGACGAGGAUGAGUUGGUCCAAUGUCGGAGGAUUAUCUGGCAUGAUUCUAACGUUAAAGGACACAGGCGUGUCCAAGUGCGUGUUCUCUGGACCUCCGCAGUUUGAUAAAUUCUUGACUGCAAUCAGGUCAUUCUCUGGGCCACUACAAGGGCUAGAUUUGGCUGUUCGCCCGUAUACCCACCCAGAAUACACUGAUGAUACUAUGACAGUGCAUCAGGUACCCAUAUUUGAGAGAAGCCCAAAAUCAGCACCAAGGGAUCCUUCCCUCGUGGUGGCUUUUGUCUGCAAGCUUCAUCCAAAGAAAGGAAACUUCCUUGUCAUGAAAGCAAAGGAACUUGGUCUGCCAGUGGGAACAUCUGCUAUUGGUCCAAUUGUGGCUGCUUUGAAAGAUGGAAAAAGUGUAACGUUUGAAGGCAGGGAGAUCCACCCUGAUGAUGUCUGUACUCCUACUUAUCCAGGGCCCACAUUUGUCGUGUUGGAAUGUCCCGGUAAAGAAUUUAUUGGGCCCAUGUGUAAGAACGAACAACUCCGCAGGUAUCAAACUGGAGGAUCUGAAAGCCCUGCUGCAUUAGUCGUCCACAUGACUCCUGAGUCUGUUUUGGAAAACAAUGUUUAUAAAUCAUGGAUGGAGAGGUUUGGACCGACCACACAACACCUGAUCCUCAAUGAACACAACCAAUCUGUCCAUAACCUACGCAGCCACAAGAUCCAGAGCCAACUCCACCUGAUCCACCCAGAGAUCUUCCCUUUGCUGCAAACCUUUCGGAUCAAGGAGGAGCCAGCCUCUCUCAAUAUGCCAAUUGUUCGAGGUGAAUGUUUGCUAAAGUAUCAGCUGAGGCCUAGAUUUGAAUGGCAAAGAGAUGCUGUGGUUGCAGAUGACAACGAAGAGUUCAUUAAGGAAGCUACAGAAAUUCCAGGCUUUUUGGAAAAAAUCGAAGAAUGUAAAAACUUACUGUCAGUAGACCCUGUUGUUUCAUCAGAGCAAGUGGACAAAUACCCUGAAAUUGUUUUUCUUGGAACUGGAUCUGCCAUCCCAAUGAAAAUCCGAAACGUUAGCUCCAUCAUUCUAAACAUCAGCGCUACAUGCUCGAUAUUAUUAGAUUGUGGCGAAGGCACUUUUGGACAGCUCUGUCGUCACUAUGGCAACGAUGUGGACGUGAUCCUCUGUAACUUGUCAGCCAUCUUUGUGUCACACAUGCAUGCUGACCAUCACACGGGCUUGAUAAAUAUAUUGCUGGAACGAGAAAGGGCUUUGCUAUCCCAGGGAAAGGAUUUCAGCCCAAUUUCACUUGUGGGACCAUUACACAUCAUGAAUUGGUUGGACCAGUACCAUAACCAUUGUCAGAAGAUUCUUCACCAUAUAAAUGUUAUUUCUGCUCGGCAUUUCAUGGAAGGUGCUGAUGUUAGCAAGCCAAUCACUCGAGAAUGCAUGCAGACUUUGUUGAAGGAACUUGAACUGGAAAAGUUCCAGACCUGUCUCGUGCGACAUUGCAGGAAUGCCUUCGGCUGUGCUCUUCAACACAAGUCAGGCUGGAAAAUCGUUUAUUCGGGGGAUACCAUGCCAUGUUCAGCUCUUGUUCAGAUAGGGCAGAAUGCGAAUCUUCUGAUUCAUGAGGCUACACUGGAAGAUGGGCUGGAGGAAGAAGCUGUUGAGAAAACUCACAGCACCACCUCUCAAGCUAUCAAUGUUGGUAUGCAGAUGAAUGCCAAAUUCAUCAUGUUAAAUCAUUUCAGCCAGAGAUAUGCAAAGAUUCCCCUAUUCAGUGCUGACUUCAGUGACAAAGUUGGAAUAGCUUUUGAUCAUAUGAGGGUUCGGUUUGAUGAUUUUGGGGCCAUUCCCAAGCUCACCCCACCCCUGCAAGCCCUUUUUGCGGAAGAGAUUGAAGAGAUGGAGGAACGCCGUGAGAAGAGAGAGCUCCGGCAACUGAAGGAAUCCCAGAAUUCUUUGAGUACAAACGGGCCUGUGGCCCAGGGACCAUCGUCUACUGUGACCAUCAAUGAAGCUGUGACCGAAAAGAAACGAGCAGUUGAAGAAUCUGAUCAAGAUCUGGGAAACAAAAAAAUAAAACUAACUUGAUGCUGUUUGAAAAUAAUGAUUUGAAAGACUUGAUUCAUUACCCUGGAAGGACAGUGUACAGGAAAGCAGUGUGCAGCGAACUUGAACUGAUAGUAUUUUGUUGCAUAACUGAGUUUUGUGAAUAGGUUUUAUCAAAAGGGCGACAAUGACCAUGGUUUGCAGUAAUUGGGUUAUAUUUUGGUUUCGAACUAGUACAGCAGUUUGAGUUGCAAGCCCAAUCAUCCACAUGCCUUUGACUCCUACCUUAACCCUCUUUUUGGAAAGUGACUUCUCAAGCAACUGCAAACAUGUUGUAUUCUUUGUCAAUCCAAAUGAGGACAACACAUAAUCUAAAUAAUUAUAUUGUAUAUUUGUUUGAGAACCAGAUGGCUAAAAUCAGAUAUUGAAGUGUUCUUUUUUUUAAAAGAAUAUCUCUUAUUUGCUCAUCCCAUCUUUAACUUAAGUGCUGUCCCUGUUGACUUCCAAUUUCAGCUGCAUACCUGGUUUUUGAUUUGAUUUUAUUAUUGUCACAUGUACCUAGCUACAGUGAAAUUUUUUUUUUUGUUUUGUGUGCAGUACAGGCAGGUUAUACCAUUCAAAGUCCAUACGAGAAAUCGAACAGCAAGGGAUACUAUGUUACGGCUACAGAGAAGGUACACCAAGAGCAGGGCCAAGAUUAAAUUUGAGAGAUCCUUUCAGAAGCCUAAUUAUGAAGGGGAAGAAGCUGUUCUUGAAUCUGGUCUGGUUUUUUUUUUACCCCUUCUGUUAGCAUUGCAAAGCAGCGAUGACCGUCUACAAUAGGCAACCCAACACUGAAUUCGCAUGCCAUCUGACUGUACCUUCCCUCAAAAUCGCUGCUGUGUUGAGUGUGCCUUCAAAAGUAAUUAGCUGCAUUUCUCAGCUACUCCCUGUUUCAUUGGAGAGGACAGAGAAAGUCCUGUGCUUUUUCUGUAACUGGAAAAGUGUGCUUCCAUCUCCUGAGAAUGUAAUGAUGAGCAAAAGUUAUUUUGAACGUCUGCAGAAUGGGUCAUAAGUAGCCUUUGAUUUAAAAACAAAUUUAUGUUCCCCUGCAUAAUAUGGAAAGUAUAACCCCUGUACCAAAUGCAUCAUUCAUUUUGAAACCAGAGUUGAGAAUGAAUAAUAAAACCUAACCAAUUUG